AUGAGCUCCAACAACACGCAGUUGAGCGGCAAAGUGGCAGUGAUCACGGGCGCCUCAGGCGGUAUCGGUGCCGCCAUUGCAUUGGAACUCUCAGUCGCAGGAGCCAAAGUGGUGCUGGGGGCCCGACGCCUCGAAGCGCUGGAGGCUGUCAAAACGAGCAUUGAGCAACAGACGGGAUCUUGUGGGGAUAUUCUCAUUGUCCAGACGGACGUCACGAAGCGCCAAGAGGUGCAGGCGCUCGUGGACAGGGCGGAGGAGACGUUUCACGCCGUGGAUAUCCUCGUGAAUAACGCUGGCGUAAUGCCGUUUGAGCUGCUGAAGAACGUGAAUCAGGACAGUUGGGAUCGAACGAUCGACGUCAACUGCAAAGGGACCCUCAAUGGUGUGGCUGCCGUGCUGCCCAAGAUGCUAGCUCGCAAGAGUGGCCACAUUGUCAACAUCUCGUCUGAUGCUGGGCGCAAAGUGUUCCCUGGAUUGGGCGUGUACUCGGCAUCCAAGAUGUUUGUCGAGGGCAUCUCUCAAGCACUGCGCCUUGAACACGUCGGUAGUGGAUUGCGCGUGACCUCCAUUCAGCCUGGGAACGUUGCGACGGACUUGGUCAAGCAUGCAAACGCUGCGAGCGGAGUCGAUGAAGAAGCGAUGAAGUUGUACGGAGGAAGUUCCGAGUGUGAGGUGCUCAAGCCAGAGGAUAUCGGGCGCGCUGUAUUGUACGCCGUCACGCAACCGCCAUAUGUGGCUGUGAACGAAAUUCUGGUGGAACCGCGAGAUGAGCCUAUUUAG